ACUCGUUCUUCUCCUCCGUUCUCUUCCUCUCUAGUCUUUCUUUCCUUUUCUUAUUCUUUCAAACCCAAAACCCUCCGGCAGCUAUAGGAGGUUGGGCAGCCAAGGGCGAGCGGUAGGGCAUUGAAUGCUGUUGGUAACGGUGGGUGAGUGAAUUGGAGUUAAGGCGUGGGGGUUUUCGUUUUGGAGGCGCUAGGAGGAAUUCUAGGUGGGUGAAUGCGGGUUUCCGUUUAAGUCUCGGUGGUGAUGAUUUCUAUAAUUGAUACAAAAUGGACGCGUCUUAUAUCUCUUUAUACCGUAACUUACCCUUCCAUUAUACAAUCAAUUCUGUUUCUUCAUGGGAACUAUUCAAGCCUUCGUUCAUUUAUUAGCAUGGGUUUCUAUUACAUGGUCGCCUGGAAUUGUUCAUUCACUUUCACCUCUGGUUAUGGAUUCCGAAAAAUUUUCUCCCAUGAAUAAAUUUCUGAUGCAGUCCUAUUAUGACAGACACACCAAUUUACACAAUUCCGAUUUCGAAAACUUUGUGUCUCAAGAAGUCACUUCUAGCUUGUGUGAAGUGCUUCCAGAUAAUCAUGAUCUUGUUUGGAGACUGUCAGAUAUAAAGCGCAAUCUUACGGGUGAAGGUUCCCAUCGUAGUGUGUCGACAUUGAUCAAAUUUCAAAGCCAACAUUUAAAGUCUCUGUCUGAACUGUUGAGCCACUCAUGUGAACUCAUAAUUAUUGAAAGACUUCCUUCCGGAGUUUUUGCUGACCCAUUUGAGUUACAACAUCUUGUUCAUCGUGGUGUGUUCAGUGACAUAGCCGUCUUUGGUGAUACAAAUUUGGAGCUACCUUCAUUUUUGUCCAAUCGUUCUGUUGUUGAAAUUCACUUAGUUGUAGACCCAAAUAUAUUUCAAAAGCCAACUGAUAUCAAGACUGAGCUUCCCUUGCAUGCUCGAUAUCAAUCUCUAAAUGAAACUGGGUACUCAACAGUUGAAUUUGGUGCACCGGAUAUGUUAGUUCGUUGUAGCACAAAGGACAAGGUGGAAAAUCACUAUUGCUUCUUCCAAUUGGAAAAAGGUGAUGCUAAUGUCUACGACAGUCAUAUUGUUUGGAGAAUACCUUCUGGCAUAAAUAAGCAUGUUGGUCUUGUUUCUACGGUUACAUUUACUGCAGCUUUGUUAUCAACUCUUACAAUUGUUGUUGCAUCGUUAUAUUAUUUCAAAUAAAUGGUUGAAAAAAGAUUUAAGAACAUCGUGACAAUAUUGAUUUAAAUUAAAGAAGAAAAGUCUGAGAGAAAUUUUAGCAU